CGUACGUUGUAGGUGUGUCGCAAGUAUUUUAACGUUCGAUAGUUUCGUGACUUUCCCGCCAUUCUGUUAAACGUUAAGAAAAAAAACUUUGAAUUGUGGUUUAAAGUGAAAAAAAUGGCCAAUGUCAUUGUAGAUGUUUCUUGAUAUUUGUGAUUUGUGUUUAUCCUUGUGGUUUAACAAGUUGUGAAGUUUGAAUUUGACAUCGAGAGUGGAUUUUCGAGUUUUCGUUUAUUUCACAUGGCACCAGUGGAGGCUGAUAAGAUGAACAAUACAAGGUCAAAUGUACCAAGAAUUUAUUGAACGGUUCCAGCAAUAUGACGGUUUCCAGCAGAAUCCCGUGAAAGAUAAUCUGACAUAGUACAUUGCUAGCAAUAGGAUCAACUGUCCACAUUACUAACAACCGAUAUAAUAAUUUGAUCGGGAACCCACGUACCAGGGGCUGAUUGUGCACAACAAACAUGAGGCUGUCAGCGUCACUGCUCUGCAUCUACUUCUACGCGCUGCUGUCAAGUGGAACGUCAUCGAGUGGCGAUGACAGACGGUGGCUCGUUGCAUUAGUUGAUUUAGUGGAAUUAGACUACGUGGACCAUUGUGAACAAAGAGCAACUGCAACAUGGAAUGAGCUAAUUGGAGGCAAUAAAGGACUAUCUACGAAGUUGGAAAGGGACAAGGCAUUCGGGAUAUUUUCCAAGCAUCAGACUACUGAGGUCAGAAAAGGUCUAUCGGGAUACACGCUUGCAGCGAAUGAUGACGUUUUGAAACGCAAGGUUAAGUUGCUAUUACAACCAGGGGACACAUUACUAGAACCGGAACAGUGGAUUAAACUAGUGACAUUUGGUAACACGGCUCUGCACAGGAUACGUUUUGCAACUGAUUACGAUUGCGGAAAUAACAGAAGCUGUACUCUAAGAGAAUUGCAGAGCAGCCUGGCCAGGCAGCAGGAUGAAGAAACAUUAAUUUCUAUGAAGAAAUCGUGGGAGCAAAAUCUUCCUGACAUGACUGAGUAUUUAGAACAAAUUUUGCCACUGCUGCGAAAUGCUUCUAAGGAAAACGAACACGAGUCUGUAGAAGACUAUUGGAACUUUCUUGUGGAAUACGAAGGUGCUCUACUGAAGGCGAGAGAAUUGUGGGAUAACAUAAAACCUCUGUAUAUAAAACUACAUAAAUACGUUUCUCUGAGAUUGAAAGGAUCUGAUGCUGUGGGGAACCCUUUGCCUGUUCAUUUAUUGAAAUCUUUAAACGGUGAUGACUGGUCAAAUAUUAUAGAGAGCCUGUUACCUCAACAUCCAGCAAUAUACCAGAAAGUUCAAGCAAAUCUUCAGCUUAAGGAUCUUGGAGGUAUAAAUGCAUUCAAAGCAGCAUUCAACUUGAUCGAAGAAUUAAAACUAGGUGAAUUAGAAGCCGAUUUAUGGACAGAUUCAAUAUUUAACAGUACUUGCCCGCCAGUUUUGUUAGAUUGGUGCAAACCUAAUAAAGUACGGAUCGUGUCAUGUAAAGAUGUUAGUCUUGUGAACUACGUUGACGCUCAUGAAGCAGCUAUGAAAAUGAAAUAUAAAGAAAUAGCUGCAGUACAUAGCAAUAAUACUUAUAUUCUUAGAGAAGCCCCCCGUUACUCUGCAACAUUCGAGGCAAUUCCAGGAUUCAUUUCAUUGCUAGCUCUAAAUCCACAUGCUUUAAACAGGAGUGGACUGUUUCCAUUAGAUGUAUUCAGCUAUAAUGCAAACCAUCAUCGUCUAGUUCUGCAACUUAUAACAGCUUUACAAGACCUGCCGAAAUUAAAUUUUUAUUUAGCUGCCGAUGAGUGGAGAUUAAAAGUUUUGAUGGGAUUGAUUCCGUACUCUAAAAUACCUAGUAGUUGGAGUGAGUUUCGCAAAGAGUUUUCAUUGUUGGAAACAUCUGACAUCGAUUUACUAGGAGACCCUUAUAUUUUAUUUAACAAACCAUUUAUAGGAAAAUUCAUGGGCCUAAUUCUAAAGUAUCAAAUCUACCACUCGUUUGCUGACGAACUGAUAUCUGAUGAACAUGAUUUAGUAAAUCAUGUCAGUGAAAAUAAUGAACGUAUUAGUAACACUAUGAUGCAAGGCUUUGGAAGACCUUGGCCGGAAAUGAUUAGUGAGUUGUUAGCAACACGUGAAAAUGGAUUGGAAUUUACAGGACUUACAGAUUACUAUCGGUUGUUAGAUGAUUACUUAGAUAGACAGUUGGAUCCGCCUAAAGAAUCUAGUGAUGAUUACAUUGAACCAGUUACAGAACCUUCACCCGAAGAAAAUGAAAUUAUUGAAAUUAGUCGUGAAAAAACUGAAGCCACCAUCAAAGAUGAAACUCAUGAAGAUUUAUUAGAGAAUGUCAUAGACACUGGUAUAGAUGAUCUGUUGGCAAAAUUCGGUGCAGAAACAUCAACAGUAGGUGUAUUAGAAAUUAAGAAUCCUGUACAUUCUGGGGACCAAAGUAAAGAUGUAAAAGAGGCAUCCUACAACACUUAUUGGUGGAUAGGUAUUGCAGUUGUUUUAGCUAUAAUAGUCAUAUUAAUAGCAAUAAUUGCAAGGAAACGGCACAAUCACAGAAAGCAACUAGAAAGGCAAAGAAGAGACAACACGCAUGCUUGAUUUGAGGAGUAUCGGUUCUAGAAAAGGAACCGAUAUAAUCUAUUAUUAAGAAUGAACUAUAGUGAAAUCGUGCCAAUGUUAUAUUUUUCAGAAAGUGAGUGGAGUCCAGACGUAAUUUAGUGUUAUCUAAAUUUCUAUACAAUCUUCUAUUAGUUAAAAAAGUUGUGUUGUUUUGCAUGUUUUAAAUUAUUUGUAGGUAUACUGAGGUGCUCUAAGUGAUUCACUAUCAUUGCGAUUACUUUUUAUGUUACUAAAUGUUUAGAUUUCCAUUUCAUCAUAACUUUCAUUAAUGAUAUAAACAGAUGCUAGAUAGUAAAGAUUUCAUUAAAUAUUUUUGUACAUAUCACAAUUUGCAAGUUAGGAGUAUUAUAAAGAUUGUUACCAACAGUGUCUGUAAUAUUGUACAAUAUGUACAUUAUAGUUAGAUGUAAUUUCGCUGUGCCUUAAGCGUCUCAAUUUCUAAUAAGUAAGAUGCAUAAAUGUGUUAAUAGAAAGAACUUUGUAAAGAUAAUUAUAUGAUGUAAUUUUAUAAAAAUCUCUAUCUACUUCGCUCUGUGUCUCUUAUUCUAAGUUCUCUAAUGUUUAAUUAAUUAUAAAUCAUAAUUAUGUUUCUUAUUUUACCUUUAAUCCUAUUAAUUAUUACAAAUCUAUUGCGAUAACCAAAUAUAGAUUAUUUUUAAUUCGAUGUCGUAUUUUAAUUAUAAAAUUAUGUUGUUAUAUUUAAAUUUAUUAUAUGUUUUACCAUUUAUAAAGCAUGAAUUAGUAAAACUUGUGUCAGGUAUAA